GGCUCUCAGUAGAGCCCAAAGCGCAGGCGCGACAGGUCGGGUAGCCGCUGCAUUGAGUAGCAGCCGUUUUGGCAGCGGUGUCCGCCACAGGUGUAGACAGGUCCCGCCCGACGACUCCACCCUGGAAAGUCCUUUUGAAGAAAUGGCCCUGGUGAGGGGCGGCUGGCUGUGGAGACAGAGCUCCAUCCUCCGCCGCUGGAAGAGGAACUGGUUCGCCCUGUGGAUGGACGGAACCCUGGGCUACUACCAUGACGAGACGGCGCAGGAUGAGGAGGACCGUGUGCUCAUCCACUUCAACGUCCGAGACAUAAAGGUCGGCCAAGAGUGUCAUGAUGUGCAGCCCCCAGAGGGCCGGAGCCGAGAUGGCCUGCUGACCGUGAACCUACGGGAGGGUUCCCGCCUGCACCUGUGUGCAGAGACCCGAGAUGAUGCUGUAGCAUGGAAGACAGCGCUGCUGGAAGCGAACUCCACCCCGGCCCCAGCUGGAGCCACGGUCCCACCCAGGAGCCGCCGGGUUUGCCCCAAGGUCAGGUGUGUGACCCGCACGUGGAGCCCCUGUAAGGUUGAGAGGCGGAUCUGGGUACGUGUCUACAGUCCGUACCAAGACUACUACGAGGUGGUGCCACCCAACGCCCACGAGGCCACUUACGUCCGCAGCUACUACGGACCUCCCUAUGCAGGCCCCGGCGUGACGCACGUCAUAGUGCGAGAGGAUCCCUGCUACAGCUCGGGCGCCCCGCUGGCCAUGGGCAUGCUCGCCGGGGCUGCCACCGGCGCCGCGCUCGGCUCGCUCAUGUGGUCGCCUUGCUGGUUCUGAGCCCUGGGACCUCACCCUGCGUGUACACCGCUAGACCCCAUUUCCUCCUGAAUCCCAUCCUCUAAGCCUUGUCUCAUGACGGCCCUCUCUGCAUUUAGUCCCUUCUGGGCUUGGCUCGCCCCUCCUAUUCCUUUCUCUCUUCACCUCCCACCACCAAGGAAGCUCUCCUCUCAGGCAAGUGCAUGGCUACAGCCGCCAGAUAUCCCAGAAACAACGUAUGACCUUGUUUCUUACACAAACAGCAAUGUAACUUCAUAUGGUUCCAAAUUCUUCUGGCUCUGGAGACAUGAACAGGCUAGCUGUUCUGUCCUGGGGGGUACUCCAAGCCUGGCAAGGAAAAGAGGAAUAAACACUUAAAGAAGCUGCAUCAGUCCUUUGCCCCUAGGAUGUGCUGGGCAGGGAGCAGGACAGCCAGGCUGGGAAUACUGCUUUUGCCAUGAGCACUGUGGCAUGAUCAAGGAAUUAGAGGAAUUCAGUUGGGCAGUCAGAUCAUGGUGAGCUUCUAGACUAACAGCUUGCUGAAUAUAGGCUCUUAUGGAGGGAUGUUUUGUGAUCACGGCUACAAUGAAUAUUUUGCCGUUUGUGUUAGGCCUGCAGUCUCUAUACCCUUCUCACUACCAAAUUCUCUGGUCCCGUUUCCUAUGACAACAAUUGAGCUGAAUCUGGUGGCUCUUGGUUAGGGGACAGGUGGACUGUGUUUUGAGACCUUUAGCCUUAGAAGAGGCCUCCAUCAGGGAAUGCCUUUCUGAUUCCCGGAGCUCAGUCCUCUGACACCAUCAAAGCUGUCUUUUCCCUUACUCCGGGGAAGAUGGAAUUUUUUCCCUGUAGGGCCUGACUCACCUUUGUUCCAGCCUGGGGGAUCCCUCAUGUGCCUGCCUUUAGGUGGCCCAGCAGUCUCCUCCUAGACUUUCCCCCUUCCCAUCUUAAAGCCAAUAGAAAUGCUAACAUCCUUGCCCACUAAAGUUCCCUUGUAGAUGGGGGCCCCAUUGGCUCAGCUGCAGAGACUAAUAAAGAUGUGAUUGGCUCUA